UUACUGUAAAGAGCUUUUCUUUUUAUAAUGGUCUCAUGAAUUCAAAGAGGAGGUCAUAUAGAUAUAGCUUUCAUCAAUCUACUUACUUUUUUUCUUCUUCUUCACAGCCGAAACAGUUGAAUUUUUUAGACUAAUAUGACCCACCUUUUCUUUUAGUGGUCCGCCAUUGAAGUGACUGUGCUAAACCCUAAUCUUAUCUUUCUUUCUUUCUUUCCGCCGACCGACCCCCUCAGAAAUUUCCAAUCUUUUUUUCAACUUACUAACAGUUUUUGCAUUUAAAACUCUCUUUGAAAAUUGUCUUUCUUGGUUUGUUUCUUUAACUUCCUUUUUUAUGUAAACCCACCCACAUGCUUCUUGUUCCUUUCAACCAUCUUCUUACACGACUACGACUUGUCCUUUUUAAACCCCUCUCUUUUGUUUUGUUUUAUGUUUCUUCUCUUUGUGUGUGCUGUUUAGAGAAAUCAGCUGCCUUCUCUUCUUAAUUUGGUUUUAAAAGUUGCGGAUCAAAGCUUGGUUUUGGACUUAGGAUUAUUUGUUAGCUUCUGCAAUGGACUCCCCGCAAUCUGUUGUUUCACCAUUCAAGAUUGGUGAUUCAGAGAAUGAGAACUCAAAUUCUGUGCAGAGCUCUGGAAACAAAUCGAAUGGCAUAAAUUCCAAUGGGAAAGAUUCUAAAAGUUGUGGCCGGGAAGACCUUGUUGGUACUCUUGAGGUUUAUGUCCAUCAGGCAAGGGAUAUCCAUAACAUUUGUAUAUAUCACAAGCAAGACGUUUAUGCCAAGCUUUGCCUUACAAAUGAUCCUGAAAAGUCUGUCUCGACCAAAAUCAUCAAUGGUGGUGGGAGAAAUCCGGUUUUUGAUGACAAUGUUAAGCUUGAUGUCAGGGUUCUGGACACUUCCCUCAAAUGUGAGAUUUACAUGAUGAGCAGGGUGAAAAAUUAUCUUGAAGACCAGCUGCUUGGUUUUACUUUGGUUCCUAUGUCGGAACUGCUCUUCAAGAAUGGGAAACUUGAGAAAGAGUUCUCUCUUUCUUCCACUGAUUUGUACCAUUCGCCAGCUGGUUUUGUUCAAUUGUCACUCUCCUACAAUGGAUCCUACCCUGACGUGAUGGCUAUUCCCUCUAUGCCUUCGUCUGUUUCUGUUGAUGAAACUACCAAGGAUCCAGAAGGGUCUGAAUCAGUUCCAGGUGAGUUGGAUAAGAUAGAGUUUCCAGAUCCUAAUGUCGCGAACGAAAAUGAGAAGAUGGUUUCCGAGUAUUUUGGGAUCUCCUGUUCCACUAUUGACUCAGAAACUUCUGACAGCUUGGUUACUUCCGAUGCUGAGAAUCAUGUGACCAAUUCUGUCACUUCUGAACUGAAGCAAGAUUCACCUGAGAGCAGCAAUGCAACAAAUGGAGCUGCUUCUCCUCACGCUUCAGCUCACUCCGCCACAGAAACACCAAACCAUGAACAUCUCUCUGUCGUGAAUUCCAAAGCGAGUUCCCAGGAGUUAGGGAGCGAGGCUUCAGGUGAGACAUCCGAGGAGAAGACUGUGAAAUCCGUCCUCACUCUGAAAGUUGAGCCGGAGUCAAAGGUGGUACAGCAGGAUAUCGUCGACAUGUACAUGAAAAGCAUGCAACAGUUUACUGAUUCACUGGCUAAGAUGAAGCUUCCUCUGGACAUUGAUAGCCCAACAAAAUCAGAGAAUUCAAGCUCUGAUUCUCAGAAGCUGCCAACACCAAAGAGUAACAACGGAUCCCGUGUGUUCUAUGGGAGCAGGCCCUUCUUCUGAGCAUCUGUUUUACCAAGUUCAGACGAAGACCACAGGUCACCCUCAGACUUUUCUAAUGAAGAAAGACUAAUCCUAAUGAUGUAAUUUUAUAAUGUACCAUUUGAUGUUAUAUCUCUCAUCUGGUCAGCUUGAUGCUUUAGUUGAUGUGAGUUGUUAUUAUGUAUCACUAGCCUUUACUCUUUUAGAACUAUGUCCACAUAAUAUGAACUUCUGCUUCCUAAUCAUGUUUGUAUUCUAUGA